UCUCAGUCUGGCUGAUGUGAAACUUAUUCAAAACCCUGGAACUUGCGAUUUUCUCUUCCGCAAAAAGGGGAGUUCCAGACAAUCUUGCUGGUUGUAUUUAUAGCAUUUUAUUUCCUGAGAGAAGACAGGGAAAGUGAGUGCUUGCUCCCCCUCUUGAGAGGCUCCUCCUCUGCCGUCCCCAGCUGGAGGGCCGGCCGGAGCGGGGCGGUACCAACACCGUGUGCCAGGUGCGCAGAGCGGAGGGGGAUUAUGUCACUCCUUCGAAGGAUGAAUUAAACGUGCUUCCUCCCGUGUCUGACUGACAGCACCACCCAGGAGAGCAGAGCAUAUAAAGCAGCCGCUGCUGCCGGGCGGCCAGUGAGGUGCCGACCCCAGCUCGUCUGCAGGGACGGCUGAGCCUCCUGCACGCCGCAGACCUGGUCCUCUGGACCCGGCCCCCAGCACCGCCUCAGCCCUCGCCUCAGCUGCUUCACGUGCCAGGGUUCGGCGGUGGACGGCAGGAUGCUCUGGACGCUGGUGCUGCUCGCCCUCUGGGCCUCGUCCGGCAUGCAAGCCAGUGGCCAGGACGAGGACACGGCCUUCAACCUUUUCAGCAUCAGCAACAUAAACAGGAAGACCAUUGGGGCCAAGCAGUUCCGGGGGCCUGACCCCAGUGUGCCUGCCUAUCGCUUCGUCCGCUUUGACUACAUUCCGCCGGUGAACGCAGAUUACCUCAGCAGGAUCACCAAGAUCAUGCAGCAAAAGGAGGGGUUCUUUCUCUUGGCCAGCCUGAAGCAGGACCCCAAGUCCCGGGGCACGCUCCUGGCUCUGGAGGGCCCCGGCACCUCCCAGAGGCAAUUCGAAAUUGUCUCCAAUGGCCCAGCAGACACGCUGGACCUUACCUACUGGAUAGACGGCACUCAGCACGUCAUCUCCCUGGAGGACGUGGGCCUGGCUGACUCCCAGUGGAAGAACGUCACCGUGCAGGUGACCGGGGAGACCUACAGCUUGUACGUGGGCUGUGACCUGAUUGACAGCUUCACGCUGGAUGAGCCUUUCUAUGAGCAGCUCCAGACAGAAAAGAGCAGGAUGUAUGUGGCCAAGGGCUCUUCACGAGAAAGUCACUUCAGGGGUUUGCUGCAGAAUGUCUACUUAGUGUUUGAAAAUUCAGCGGAAGAUGUUCUGAGCAAGAAAGGUUGUCAGCAAAGUCAGGGAGCUGAAGCCAAUGCCAUCAGUGAGACCACAGAGACUCUGCACCUGAGCCCGCAGGUGGCCCCCGAGUACGCGGACCCAGGUGCGCACAGGAGGCCGGAGGUGUGUGAGCACUCCUGUGAGGAGCUGGGCACCAUGAUCACCGAGCUGUCGGGGCUGCACGUCAUCGUCAAUGAGCUGCACGAGAACCUGCGGAAAGUGUCGAACGAUAACCAGUUCCUCUGGGAGCUCAUCGGUGGCCUGCCUAAGACGAGGAACAUGUCCGCUUGCUGGCAGGACGGCCGGUUCUUCGCGGAAAAUGAGACGUGGGUGGUGGACAGCUGCACCAAGUGCACCUGCAAGAAAUUUAAAACCAUUUGCCACCAAAUCACCUGCCCCCCGGCCCCCUGCGCCAGCCCAUCCUUUGUGGAAGGAGAGUGCUGUCCGUCCUGCUUGCGCUCGCUGGACAGCGAGGAGGGCUGGUCCCCCUGGGCAGAGUGGACCGAGUGCUCCACCAGCUGUGACUUGGGCACCCAGCAGAGAGGGCGGUCCUGUGACGUCACCAGCAACACCUGCCUGGGGCCGUCCAUCCAGACGCGGGCGUGCAGCCUGGGCAAGUGUGACAAUCGCAUCCGGCAGGACGGGGGCUGGAGCCACUGGUCACCUUGGUCGUCCUGCUCAGUGACCUGCGGCAUCGGCAACAUCACGCGCAUCCGGCUCUGUAACUCGCCGGUCCCCCAAAUGGGGGGCAAGAACUGCAAAGGGAGUGGCCGCGAGACGAAGGGCUGCCAGGGCGCCCCAUGUCCAAUCGACGGCCGGUGGAGCCCCUGGUCCCCGUGGUCAGCCUGCACCGUCACGUGUGCCGGCGGGAUCCGGGAGCGGACGCGCGUCUGCAACAGCCCCGCACCGCAGCACAGCGGCAAGGACUGCGUGGGGGACGUCAAGGAGCAUCAGAUGUGCAAUAAGAGGAGCUGCCCCAUAGACGGCUGCUUGUCCAACCCCUGCUUUCCCGGGGCCCAGUGCAGCAGCUUCCCCGACGGCUCCUGGUCCUGCGGCGCCUGCCCCGUGGGCUUCCUGGGCAACGGCAUGCACUGUGAGGACCUGGACGAGUGCACUGUGGUCACGGACGUCUGCUUCGCCACGAGCAAAGCCCACCGCUGCGUCAACACUAACCCGGGCUUCCACUGCCUGCCGUGCCCCCCUCGUUACAAAGGGACCCAGCCCUUCGGCGUUGGCCUGGAGGCGGCCAGGACCGAGAAGCAGGUGUGUGAGCCUGAAAACCCAUGCAAGGACAAGACCCACACCUGCCACAGGCACGCGGAAUGCAUCUACCUGGGGCAUUUCAGCGACCCCAUGUACAAGUGUGAGUGCCAGACGGGCUACGCGGGUGACGGGCUCAUCUGUGGGGAGGACUCUGACCUGGACGGCUGGCCCAACAAGAACCUGGUCUGUGCAACCAACGCCACGUACCACUGCAUCAAGGUGAGGGCUGGGGCGCCGGACCCCCAGGUGCUGACCCCCGGGGGCUGA